AACUCGCCGGCUGGGAGCGGCAGCACACUCCAGGUAGCUGGACAAACUCCCCGCACCCGGAUGCGCUGCGCCAUGCCGGAGGGUUGAGCAUUGCGUUUGCAGCUCCCUGGGACACAGCAGGAUCUCGCCCCGCUUUGUGUGAGGACUGCGCGCCAGGGCCGAGCCCGGGCCGCUGACCAUGGUGCUGCCGCCUCCUGACCGGCGCCACGUGUGCCUGACCACGCUGGUGAUCAUGGGCAGUAUGGCAGUCAUGGACGCAUACCUGGUGGAGCAGAAUCAGGGCCCGCGCAAGAUCGGCGUGUGCAUAAUUGUGUUGGUAGGCGAUGUGUGCUUCCUGUUGGUGUUGCGCUACGUGGCCGUGUGGGUGGGUGCCGAGGUGCGCACCGCCAAGCGUGGCUACGCUAUGAUCCUCUGGUUCCUCUAUAUCUUCGUGCUGGAGAUCAAACUCUAUUUCAUCUUUCAGAACUACAAGGCGGCGCGUCGUGGAGCGGCCGACCCGGUGGCUCGCAAGGCACUGACGCUGCUGCUGUCAGUGUGCGUGCCAGGCCUGUUCUUGUUGCUCGUGGCACUAGAUCGCAUGGAGUAUGUGCGCACCUUCCGAAAGCGCGAGGACCUUCGUGGCCGCCUCUUCUGGGUGGCUUUAGAUUUGCUGGAUCUGCUGGACAUGCAGGCCAACCUCUGGGAGCCACCGCGCACCGGGCUGCCUCUGUGGGCCGAAGGCCUCACCUUUUUCUAUUGCUACAUGCUGCUGCUGGUGCUGCCCUGCGUGGCGCUCAGCGAGGUCAGCAUGCAAGGGGAGCACAUUGCACCACAGAAGAUGAUGCUGUACCCGGUGCUCAGCCUCGCCACUGUCAACGUGGUGGCCGUGCUAGCCCGUGCCGCCAACAUGGCACUCUUCCGAGAUAGCCGAGUCUCAGCCAUCUUCGUGGGCAAGAACGUGGUGGCAUUGGCCACUAAGGCCUGCACGUUCCUCGAGUACCGUCGUCAGGUUCGCGACUUUCCACCACCUGCGCUUGCGCUUGAGCUGCAGCCGCCUCCUUCCCAGCGCAACUCGGUGCCGCCGCCUCCACCACUGCAUGGUCCUCCAGUGCGCCCCCACGGACCCUCACCCACUCGUGAUGCGUUGGACACGUGACAGGGCCCCGCGGGCCGCACAGACGCUGGACUAGCUGCGCGGUUUGCAUGGGAUGGGAUGGGGCAGGCUCCCAUUAGGGACAGGUGCUGUGAGUACCUGUGCAGUGAGUGCCUGGGGUUCCGGGGCGCGUCUGCUUCUUCAUCUCAG